CAAAUCUCUCUGUCUCUCCCCCUCCCUCCCUCCCUCCUUCCCUCGCUCCUUCUAUGGGUAUAACUGGAAGGUCCUUUACUCAGUCUGCAUGGACUUUGAUGUUAGUUAUUCUUGCUUGUAGCUCUAAGUCGACAGAUAGUCGUAAGAACUGUACCCCGUCUUCUUGCGGCAAUAUCCAUAACAUAAGCUACCCUUUCCGACUUAAAAAUGAUCCAAAGCACUGCGGCCACGUAUCCUAUGCUCUCAAUUGUGAGAACAACAUUACUGUCUUAGACUUUUCUUCUGAGAGAUACCACGUAAAGGCAAUCAACUAUCAUAACCAAACAAUCCGAGUCGUGGAUCCUGGCUUUCAGAAGAACAAUUGCUCCUCCGUUCCUCUUUAUUCCGUUCCUUUUUAUUCCUCAUAUGAUUCUUAUUUGAUACCGUAUGCCCCUAAUUUGUCGGAACCUCUUUCAAUCUUUAUAUCCUUUCUCAGGUGUUCACAUCCAGUGAAUUCUUCUUUGUAUGUGAACACUGCUGCAUGCAAUGAUACUAGUACUAGCAGUACUGGUACUUCUUCUUCUUUGUCCCAUCCCAAAAGGUAUGGUUAUAUUUCCUAUAAUGAUGAUAGGUAUCCUUAUGACGCCAUAAUGUCAGGGGACGUGGAGGAGGGUUGCACCCUUGAGUGGACGAGUUUUGCACCUACCCGACUUUUUGUAACCAUAACAGACGGUAAUUUUACUAGAAUUACCGAAGACCUAUCUUUCACAUACGUACAAAAUGCACUGGUGGAUGGCUUUGAGCUUGGAUUUCGGAAUGAUUAUAUAUAUGAUCCAUGCGAGGGCUGGUAUGAAUAUCAUUCUGACAAAUGUUUUCCUCGCACAGUUGCAGGUUUUUUCCAAUUCCUGAUGAGGGUGAUCAAAGAUUUCAUGAUUGUUAUUGUAGACAGUAACAAUGAAAACACUACGAAAUUCAAUUUACCAUUGAUACAUUUGAAGGAAAUACCAAAUCAUUGGAUACUGCUCAUCAUCGUCGGACUACUUUUUCUGGCAAGAUUUAUUCUUGGGGCUCCACUAAUGAUCGCGUUUUUUAUCUUUAAAUGGCGAAGUAGACAUUUGUCAUUGUAUACUGGCAUAGAAGAUUUUCUACAUAAUGAAAAUAACUUUGGGCCAAUAAGGUAUUCUUACUCGGACAUUAAGAAGAUGAGUAAUAGAUUCAAGCAAAAGCUAGGUGAAGGAGGCUAUGGCUGUGUAUUUAAAGGAAAACUACGUAGCGGUCAUUUUGGAGCAAUUAAGCUGUUGGGAAAGUCUAAAGGCAAUGGGCAAGAAUUCAUUAAUGAAGUAGCUACCAUUGGAAGGAUUCACCAUACCAAUGUGGUUCAGCUUAUUGGUUAUUGUGUUGAGGGAUCAAAAAGAGCUCUUGUAUAUGAUUUCAUGCCUAAUGGAUCUCUUGAUAAAUAUAUAUAUUCCAAAGCAGGAAGUAUCUCGUUAAGUUUUAAGCAGAUGUAUGAGAUUUCUCUAGGGGUUGCUAAAGGUAUCGAGUAUUUACAUCAAGGAUGUGACAUGCAAAUUUUGCAUUUUGAUAUCAAGCCUCACAACAUUCUUCUUGAUCAAAAUUUCAUUCCAAAGAUUUCUGAUUUUGGUCUUGCAAAGUUGUAUCCAACGGAAAACAGCAUUGUUACUUUGACAGCAGUAAGGGGAACAAUGGGAUACAUGGCACCUGAAUUGUUCUACAAGAACAUUGGAGGUGUCUCACAUAAAGCUGAUGUUUAUAGUUUCGGAAUGUUGCUGAUGGAAAUGGCAAGCAAAAGGAAAAAUUUGAAUCCAAUGGAAGAGCAUUUGAGCCAAAUUUACUUUCCUUCAUGGGUAUAUGAUCAAUACAGUCAAGGAAAUUUUCAUUUAGAUAUGAUUAACGUCUCAGAGGAGGAAAGAGUGAUAAUUAAGAAGAUGGUCAUCAUAGCUUUAUGGUGUAUACAAUUGAAACCAAGUGAUCGUCCUUCAAUGGAUAAAGUUAUAGAGAUGCUUGAAGGAGAUGUUGAAAGCUUACAAAUGCCUACCAAGCCUGCUCUAUACCCAGAAGAGAUGUCCCACGGUGAUACAGAAGAUACUAAUUUGAACCCAGUAUGUUCCAACAUGGGGCUAACAUGCACCCUGUCAGCUAGGUGACAGUGAUGUUGAUUGUCAAUUUUAAUUUAAAGGAAUUUAGAUUUUCAUCCUUUAGCUUCUAAUAUUUGAUCAUUCUACAAGAUUUUGUUUUUGACAGAAUAACAAAAUGUGUGUUUUUAUUUUUUUGAGAAGCACUAAA